GACAGCCUCGCCCCGCGUCGUACAUCCGUUCGUGUCUCAUUCCUUUGGUAGGUCAUAUGUGAAGAUAGGUAGUAAGUAACUGGAAUCGUGGGAUCGCACACCUUGCCUUGAUCUGUCCGGCAACUAUAUCUAUCAACUCCGCAAUCAAUUAGGUGAAGUCCGAUGGCUAUCAUGAAAUCCCUCUUAACACGACUCUACCACCCGGAAAAUGCGCAGAAACUGCCAAGCGCCGCAAGGUCCGAAAGCGCCGAACUUGACAUAGUCAGUCGGCUUCCCUUCGAGUUACACAUCUUUAUUCUCGCUCAACUGGAACCAAAGGAUAUAGACGCUGGUCUUAGUGUCUGUCGUCAAUGGCGCGCCAUUUGGUUGAGCGAUGAAAUAUGGCCUAAACUCGCCCAACGAUGGUUUCCGGGUCUAGAGGACCACAUACAUAAAUCCGCUGCCGAAGGUCAAAACUUAAAUGAAUUAUUUCGCCAGGCUCUUCACAAAAUCCAAAGACGGAUGAGUGGUAGAUUCGCUUCUGCUCUGCACCAUGAGAUGGGUUUGGAAGCGGACCAGCUUUUUACCUUAAGCAAAGAUGUUCCGCUUAUGGAGGGAGGUGUUCAUUCUUACGAAGAUGUCGAUGGACUGGAAUUUGGUACUGACGCUACUCACUACCCGCGUUUCAUGAUGUACGAUAACGGCAGAAUAGCCUGGUGGCCAGAGGCGUACGUUCUUCCUUAUUUUGCUGUUGUCGACGAUCUGCGGACAAGGAAGCGGAGGGCAUACCUAUUUCCCGACAAUAAUGGAGAGAAACAGGGUUACAAGACUGCGAUGAGCGACAAGCUGCUUCUUAUGGGGCGUGGGAAGACCUUGAAUGCCUGGCAUCUUGAACUGAAUCGUCUGCACACCGCCCAAGUCCCGGACGAGUUCGUUCGCUGCAUCACCGAAGGAGAGAAAAUCCUUGUUCUUACAAGAAAUGCAGAGGUCUUUUUAUGGCGUUUCGGUCAAGAACCGCAGUACAUCGACAUAACUAGUAGUUGUUAUGAGAAGGGGCCGGUCGGAACGGCUCACCCUUACAACUUCGUUCUGGGACAAUUCACCCCUUCCCACAACACAGGUUCGCGUCUCGUUCGAAGCGGGACCUUGCUGGAUUUCAUCAUUUCCCCGACAGAAGAUGAUGUUUUCUUCAUUAUCACGUACGAUCCCGCCCCGCUGAAAGAACUACGAGUGAAUGAAAUCCACGGCGGCCAACUUAUUGCUACUUAUCGCCUAGAUAGAAGCAAGUGGGCUGAUGUAAUCGUGGAUCCCGGGGAUUUUUCGAAUCUACGCUGGGAGAAAGUCGAUUCCUUUGGUGGUUAUUGCUUGAUGAAUGCCGCAUCGGAGACUCCGGACACGACUCGGGAAUCUACGUGUCCCCCCAACAGUAGCAUUCUUGUAUCCGUCUGCUUCAAUAUCUACACCAAAUCAUUCACGAUACCCCAUUAUCAUCGCAUACACUCUCACACCCACGGAAGUGUUUAUCAAAUUAGGAAUAACCGAAUAGCCGCAAGCGACACGGAUAGUUCGCGGGGAACAGUCCUGUCACUUCACCCCUGCGCCCGUGGCGCAUAUCCCUACGAAAAAUACGGACCCACCCCCUUUUAUUCAACGACGAACGGUAGAUCGGGGUCAAGUGGUCCUUUACGUCGGCAGCGAAUGCCCUCCGAUGCGGAUGAAUGGGAUGCGGAUUUUGUGCUUGAUUUUAACGGCCCUCUUAAAACGAGCUCUGCAGACAUUACCAGCAUAUACCCUCCUCUAAUCCGCGGUGUUAGAAGAUUGGUGGGCGACGACGAUUUCCUACUCUUAGUCGUUCGGCAAACAUACAUCGUUUGGAGCUUCGGUGGUGAGAUACCUGAGAAUACUUGCGAUGGUAGGCGAAGCCUAUGGCGAAAAUUGAUACGCUGAGCAUUUCAUCCUUGUAAGAAGGUGUUCUAUCUAUGUGUGUCGUAAGCAGUGUUGAAUGCACCCCCUGUAUUAUAGAGCAUGGUACAUCGUUUUUAAUCACGAGUUCCAAGGUUUCCUGAUAAAGCUGUAACUUUACUCCUUGAAUUUGAAAAUACAUAAUAUCUUGCGUACAUGCUGAACUGAUGUUGAUAGAUAUCAUAGAACGAAGGUCUCCAAAGGAAGAACUUUUACACAAAGGAAAAAUCCGAAACUCCUCGCGCAACAACGGUAGUCCUCUACGAUAACUAGAACUACAAGAACGAAUGAAUUCGACAUAAACCGGUCGAUAAGUAAUAGAUCCUCGGGUCCGUCUCCAUCAUUUCUUUUCCUUGAUCUUACAACAACCCCUCACUUAAGAUCUACACAGCUGUGUUUUUGGACUUAGCCGGCUUUCCUGUCCAAGAUUGGCUCAAGGAGUGUUUGGAAUAACUGAGGUACCAAAAUAGUUGUAUUAGUCUCACUAUCUACCAGUCGCUCUGGGAAUAGGGGUUAUGCUUACCCAAGCCUCUAGGUCUUUCUCGUUAUCACUGAGCUCGCGAAACUUAGAGUCAAGUUGUUCUACGAGUUUAUGUUAGUGCUCGGAUGUUGCUUGUGUGGUAGGUUCAACUUACGUGAGGUAAUGUAUACAUUCUCA